AUGUCUAAAUCACGUGACGAAGGCGCACCGGCGUAUAAAGACCCGUUAUCUUUGAGGAACGCAUCAUAUCACCGUGGAAAGAAAUCUGAUGUAUUUAGCCUUGGAGUCAUACUUUGGGAGGUAUCGAGUGGGAAAGUUCCAUGCGGCGGACGUACUAAACCUCAUGAAAUCGUUGUGUGUAGAUUUGACGGAUAUCGUGAUCCGCCAUUUCCUGGAACACCGGAAGAAUAUAUUAAUCUGUAUUCAGAAUGUUGGCACGAAGAC